GAUCCGGUAACUGGACUAUUACCUCCAACUGGAGGUCAGAGGAAAUUUGGAUCUCGAGAUUAUCCUGGAGAUGCCUGGGUUCGAGAUAAUGUGUAUGGAAGUUUAAGUAUGUGGAGCCUAGCACUGGCAUACAGCAAAAAUGCAGAUCAUGAUGACGAAAAAGCAAAAGUAUUUGAACUGAAGCAGGUGAGUGGUGAAUUUGAUGACAGAAAAUCAAUUGAUUCCAAAGUUUUAAUGUCUGUCAUUUUGCAUUUAAUAGGACAGCAUUAUUCCUAAUAUUUUUUACUUUUGUAAAAACAAACAUUGUUUUUUUUCAGAGCGUGGUGAAAUUAAUGAGAGGUUUACUGAUGAGCAUGAUGCAACAG